GUCGCGUGAUGUAACAUGCGAGGCACCGCCCCCCAGCGCGAGAUGACUAAAAAUGUGAACAGCGCGCGCUGCGCAGCAUCUCAGCAACUGCACAGCAAGGUGAGGAAGGUUGUGGUGGCUCGUGGUUUGCGGGCUGCUCUGAAAGCGAAGGAAGCCAUGUUAUACACUAAGUUUGUUGCAGCUCUUUUUAGGGCAAACACUGUGAAUGUCAACAACAUACACAAGGCACCUAGAAGAUGUCGGGCGACAGUGGCAUCCACCAAGAGCCAAGAAGAGAAGGAUCAGCAAGAGUGCAUCGUGGUGGAAGCUGUGCCGGCUGAGGUCAUCAACCAGACCACACAUGUUACAAACACGCAGUUAAAUAAAAUCCAUAUUGACUUCGACAACACCGAGGAGGCCUACAAAAGCAAAGGUAACAUUGAACUGCUGCGAAGUCUGCUGGUGUUCAAGCUCUGUACAAUUGACGUCCUUGUUGAAAAGAACAAAGAGUUGAUGGUCCUGAGUAAGAAGUUGUUUGGUCAGUGGAUGUUUGAGAAGCUGAUGAAGAUGACCUUCUAUGGUCAGUUUGUGGCAGGGGAGGACCACAACUCCAUCAAACCUUUGAUUCAGAAGAAUCAGGCUUUUGGUGUGGGGGCAGUAUUGGACUAUAGUGUUGAAGAGGACUUGACACAAGAGGAGGCAGAGAAGAAGGAAAUGGAUUCAUGUGUUUCUGAAGCAGAGAAAGAGAGUCCAGAUUCUGAUCACCGUGAGAAGAAGUACAAAGCCCAUCGUCAGUUCGGGGACAGGCGUGGAGGGGUUAUUAGUGCUCGUACCUACUUCUAUGCAGAUGAGUCCAAGUGUGACAAGCAAAUGGAAACAUUCAUAAACUGUAUUAAGGCAUCUGGGGGAGCCUCUGCAGAUGGAUUUUCUGCCAUCAAACUGACUGCUCUCGGGCGCCCACAGUUCCUUCUCCAGUUCUCAGAAGUCCUGGUUAAAUGGAGACGUUUUUUUAACUUCCUGGCGGCACAACAGGGAAAGUCUGAAAUGAUGGUUUUGGAACAAAAACUUGAGCUGGGCCAACUCAAGGAAAGUUUGAUUAAGCUGGGUGUUGGAACUAAGGAUGACAUUGAGAAAUGGUUUACUGGAAAGAAGCUGGGUUUGCCAGGAACGAUAGAUCUGCUGGACUGGAACGGUUUGAUAAACGAUAAAACAAAAAUCUCCAAUCUGCUCAUGGUGCCAAACCUUGAGGCGGGCCAGCUGGAACCCUUGUUGAACAAGUUUACAGAGGAGGAGGAGAGUCAGAUGAAGAGAAUGCUCCAGAGAAUGGACGUUCUGGCCAAGCAUGCCAUGGAGAAUGGGGUCAGGCUAAUGGUAGACGCCGAGCAGACAUACUUCCAACCGGCUAUUAGUCGACUGACCCUUGAAAUGCAGAGGAAAUUCAACAGAGACAAGCCAAUCAUUUUCAACACUUAUCAAUGUUACCUCAAGGAAGCCUAUGGCAAUGUAAUUGUGGACGUUGAGGUGUCACGACGGGAAGGCUGGUACUUUGGUGCCAAAUUGGUUCGUGGCGCCUACAUGUACCAAGAGAGAGACAGGGCCAAAGAGAUUGGCUACGAAGACCCGAUAAACCCGGACUAUGAGGCCACUAACAGGAUGUAUCAUAAGUGUUUGGAGUAUUUGCUGGAGGAGAUCAAACACAGCAGGAAACCAAAUAUCAUGGUUGCAACUCACAAUGAGGACACAGUAAAAUUUACCCUUGAAAAGAUGAAUGCCAUGGGCCUCUCACCCACUGAGAAUAAGGUUUACUUUGGACAGCUGCUUGGAAUGUGUGAUCAGAUCAGCUUCCCGCUAGGUCAAGCAGGUUUUCCAGUCUACAAGUACGUUCCGUAUGGCCCGGUCAACGAAGUCAUUCCUUAUCUUUCUCGUCGUGCUCAAGAGAACCGUGGCUUCAUGAAGGGAUCCCAGAGAGAGCGUAGCCUGCUGUGGAAGGAGCUGAAGCGCAGGUUGCUGGGUGGUCAGAUUUUCUACACACCUGUUUACUGAGUCACAGAACCAUAACAUACUAACUGCAGCAGUAAGCAUUCCACUGUCCUUAUAUUACCACUACCUGGUAACUGCUUUUUGUAGGGAGAUGAAGGUCCUUUUUUGGCUUGUAAGGCUACGCAGUAUGGGCAACCGUUUUGCAGUUUUUCAGAACGGACAAACCAAACACUGACUCUAGAGAGUUUCGCAGCCACUGUAUGUGCUCCUACAUGUUUGCAAGACAAUGGGAAGGUGAGGCGAGGGGUAUUCAGCCAUCUGCAACCUCACCACUAGAUGCCAAGAUAUCCUACACACUGGUCCUUUAAGUGUAGAAUGGUUUAUGAUCGAGAUUUAUUUUUCUUUUAGCAAUAUAUUUAAUAAAGCAGUGUCUAAAGCAUUGCCAUAAUAAUACAGAGAUACAUGUGCUGGUCCUUUAAGAAAUGAUGAUUUAUAUUUAUCUCUAAAUCGGAAUAUGUUUAUUUAACACAAAAAUAGGCCAUGGUAAUCCUCAGUGUCCACUCAACAAAAAAACACUUAAGCAAAAAAAGGCUGCAAAAAGUAUAUUGUGAAUACGUUUACCAAAGGUGUCUUACUUGUAUAUUUGUAUGUCCUGUGCUUUUUGUAAAGUUAAAAUACAAUAUGUUUUGGUCAACGUCAAAGCCAUCUCCCUGUCACUCAAAAGUGCCUUAUGAUUACGAAGAUUAACAGGAAGUAGUCAGCAAUAGCACAUUGUUUUGUUUUUACUGCACACUCUUCCUAAGGCAUUUUAAAUUGUUUUAGCAUGUUAUUAAUUUACUGCAAUGAAGAUGAACAGAAAAAAAUAGAACUGUUAGGAUUAAAUGCUGCCUUUGAAUGUGUUUUUAAAUUGAAAUGUUUUUUUUUAGAACUGGAAAUACUGGGAUAUAGAAACUAAAAAUCAUAGUUCUGCGUACCUGUGUGCACUACUGCCUGCAUGCUCACUGCACAUGCAAAUAUGUUUUGGGUGAGUGGCUUUGUGGCUUUGGAGGGAGCCCAGAAGGGAGGAGAUGCCUACCCUAGAUUUAAGUACAUUUAGUUCCAAUAUCAGUUGCAUAAUUUUAACAAUACACAACGGAUUGGGUUGCCUCCUUGGAAUGAACCGCAGUGUAUUAUAAAGUCUGUUAACCUAGUAACGCAGGCAUAUUUUGAGUAAAAAAAUGGGUUUUAUUUGUGUGCUGUUCCUUUGAUGUUUUUUUCCCCACAUAAUUUUGUAUUUGGUAUAAAUCAUAUUUUGUACAAUUGAAAAAUGUAUGUUACUGUGAUUGAACAUAAUAAAAUAGGCUACAGUUAAUGUAAAAAGAAA